ACUCGCAGAAGCGGCACGGAAUGCCAAGCUAUACGAGGACCCCAUAGCAACACAGACUAUUGAGCAUAUUCGAACAGUUCUGAAGGACGGUGUCGAGCUCAAGUCACAACUGCACGAGCUGAAACGGGCUACAAUAUAUCUGUCAAGUGCAGCCAACGGACUGAAGUGUACCACGGAAUGUACCGAUACCGACGCGUCUGUAAGCGAGGAGUGGUGGUUGUGUGUAUGCGAUGUCUUAACGGAGAUGCACCUGGCCACACUUUCUUCUGCACUUCAUCUGUGUAUUCUUGGUGUGCUCAAUGGGCUGAAUGACUACACCUGUGCCGUCGGCGGCGAUACAACGGAAAGGAAGAACCGUGUACCAGCACGCAUCGGGAACAAAAGUCUGGCAGCCCUGCGGAGUCGGAGUUGUAGUGCGUCAGUGGGGGACAGUCUGUUGUCCUUGAUUGUGGCAAGAAACGACAGUGUCGCACGUGACAGCUUAGAGUUGAUUCACCAUGACAGUGUCGAGAGCUUUGGUGUGAAACUCGCGCAAUGGUGUAGCCAAAUUUCUAACCAGCAGACGGCGUCGGAUAUGCGUGAUAUCAACGAACCAGAAUCUGCCACUAAGCAGUCCUUGGUCCAGAGUAUGAUGCGCUUUAUAUCUGCGGUGGAUGAGAGCCUGUACAGCACACCCACGCCAUCCCAUACACAGCCCACGAAUACUGAACAAAGUGUACGCGCAAGCGAAAGCCAAGCAGUAAAGUACAGGCAGUGGAUCAGGGUGUGCACACAGGUGGCCAAUGCCUGUCUUGCGCUCCUGGUGGACUCUCGUGACAGCUCCGAUGUGCAGUUCCACCUAAGCGUAGCGGAGUUGAUGAGUGUCUGUUUGGGGGUGAUCUGUCACGAUACAAGCGAGUUGGCACAUGUUGUAAACUACAUUAUGUAUGGAAAAGAGAUAACCCCGGAUUCUCUGCUUUCACCAAAGCUUGUGCUUCCCGCUUCAAUUGCGGGUGGGAUUUGUUCGUCACAACUAUGCGAAACAGAUGAAAUGCAGUUGAUUCUGCUGACUAUCGUCAGUGGGCUCCUCCAGAAAGUGCCCAGAGAUGCUCUGUGGUUGCCAGCGCUACGGGAUACGACAAUGAGUGCUAUAAUUACGACACAAGCCGACGGGGAUACGGCACGGAUCGAAAGUGAUUCGACCCCAACUAAUAGGGAUAUUAGGACACAGUGUAUCUUGAAUAGGCGAGUACUGGAUGGUGACCUUCAACCGCUGUAUGCGGGUCUGUUGCCGACUAUAAUGGCCUUUGCCGAUAGAAAUCCUGUCGCACAAGAUAAUACCAAUGAUGUAAGUUAUCUAGACUGCAGAACAAUGCUGUAGACAG